CAAAAAAAAUGCAAUCAUCAAUUUCAAUUGCUAGAGCUACUGCCACUUUACCUCGCAGUUGGAUCAAAAACAUCACCAAAGGUAGUUCCAACAUCUCAGAGGCACGUUUGACCAAGAGACAAGAGGGUGCCAAUAAAAUUAAUCUCAUCCUCCAAAAAUACCUCCAACGUGGUAUUGAACCUUCAACUGAAUUACUAGACAGUUUAGAUCCAACCAACUUAAGCUUUGAAGGAACUAUCUCAGCAUCAUCAUCAUGUGCAGGAUCUUUAUCAGGAGCAAUGAUACUCGAACCAACUCCUCCAAUGCCAUCAUCACCAAAACAACCCAAACGAAAACCAAAAAAGAAUCAAAUCGAUUCAGAAAGAUGUAAAUUAAUCAGAAAACAAACCAAACGACAAUCAAUCUUACCAUCAUUCUUUGAACCUAACCAACCGAUCCCAGAAGUACCUAAACGACAACCGAAACUUCCAAGUUCAACCACCAUUCCAACCAAACUAACGGUUGAAGCACUUUCAGCCCACAAUCAUCCCGUCAACGUUUUUCUAAAUCCUACAUAUGAGAAACCUAAGAUUCGAAAAUCAAUUUCAUUUCAAACUUUACCUAUCAUUAGAAUUAUUAAACCUAUACCUGAAUGUUUAGAUGAUCAUUCUAAUCCAUCUAGUAGGGAUCCAUUUUAUUAUGAUCAAGUUUUGAAAAAGAUAGAUUUUUUUGAAGAACAAGAAAAGAUUAAUAAAAAAAUUAAAUUAGAAGAAGAGAAAGAGAAUAGGGAUAGAAGUGGGUCCCAAGGUAGCGUUGGAUCUGGUAGUGUGACAGCUUGGUUUGCUGAACAAUAUCAGGAUUGA